AUGCUCGCACUACUCAAAUAUGCUGUCGCGAUUGUUGUGCUACUCUCGGCACAACUCGCUUCGUCGCAGGCGGACGCUGCCAUCCAACAGUGCUACAAGAAUGCAUUUGCGGAAGCAUUGGGUCCGGAAAUCACCGACCCAGCCAAUCGUACCGUCCACCUCUGCGAAGACAUCUCGCUGUUCCAACAAGCGGCCAACAACAUAAUCCGCGAAUGCUUUGGUGGCAACAUCAACGUGACGUGUGUCGCCACGGCUGAGCAAUACAUAUUUGACGCCUGCUUUCAAGUGGGCGUUGUGAUACCUGCUUACAAUCGCGCUCAAGUGACGCCAACCCCCGGAUCUACAUCUAUUUUUACGACCGAGCCUGGGAUGAGCGUGACGAGUGCGGUUUCAACUCUCAGCUUAACGGCUCCGCUACCGGUGACAUCCAAUAAUACACUACGUUCCUCCACCACCGCAAGUGAACUGAGCACGACAACGAAGGCGGUUCCAGGGUCGAGCGUCAUGAAAACUACCUCCACAUCCGCUUCAAGUGCUGCACCGUCAUCGACGCAAACUAGCCCCGCAGAACGCGUCGCUGCCGUCAAAGUGACCCUGAGCUGCUUCGUCACGUCCGCGGUGGUCAGCCUAUUGAGCCUAUGA